AUGGCAUCUACUCCUAGAAGCUCCUCAUCAGUUGGAAAUCGUAAGCCCGCACAGCCAAUCAUCAGGCUCCGGUUCAAGUGCGAGAAUAUGCAGCGAAUUGGAGCUUUCAAGGCCAGAGGGGCAUUCCACGCAAUCGAAAGACUGAAACAGGAGCCGGGGUGGCUGGAGAACGAUGGGAAGCGCAAAGGAGUAGUUGGAUUCAGCGCAGGCAACCACGCCCAGGCUCUAGCACUAGCUGCGAAGGAGAAUGGCAUAACGGCUCACAUCGUCAUGCCGAGCACUACCAGACCAUACAAAAUCGAUGCCACCAAGGGCUACGGCGCCAACGUUGUCGUUUGUGGCCCCAAAGAUCGCGAAGCUGUGGCUGCUCAGAUCGUCAAUGAGACAGGAGCCCGCCUGAUUCCGCCUUUCAAUCAUCCAGAUGUGAUUCUCGGACAAGCCACCGUUGGCUUGGAGAUGCAGGACCAAGUCCAGAAUCUCGACGCCAUCAUUGCGCCUUGCAGCGGUGGUGGUCUUCUCUCUGGCGUUGCUCUCAGUUGCGAAGGGACUGGUGUCAAGGUCUUUGGCGCGGAGCCCGAAUUUGAAGGAGCCGAUGAUGGGCGACGGGGCUAUUACUCGGGGAACAGAGUUACAGAGGUCAACACGCGUACGAUUGCCGACGGUCUCAUUGGGGUUGUCGGGCAAAUGCCCUGGGAGAUCAUAUACGAAAGGAGGUUGGUCAGCGGGAUGUUUGCGGUUUCUGAGGUGGAGAUUCUGGAGGCUACUAAGCUUAUUCUAGAGAGAUUGAAGGUUGUGGUCGAGCCAGCUGCAGCAGUACCGUUAGCUGUCGCUUUAUUUAAUGAAGAGUUUCGGAGUCUGGUCGAGAAAGAGGCCGGCGAGAAAGGUUGGGAUUUGGGGCUAGUACUGAGUGGAGGCAAUGUUGGAGUUGAAGGGUUGGCAAAGCUAUUCUCUUAG